CACACAAACCUUUCUGAUUAAGACAGGAAGUUUUAAUUUUCUCCGAAUUUGCAGUGUCCAAGGGAAAUGAGUUAACCAGAGAGAAGAAAAUAAAAAUAAUGGAUAUUUGGAACAGAGUUUCUUCAUGGUGGGAAACAUCAUCGUCUUCCACAAAAGUUUCGUGUAUUAUCGUACUGCCGUUGAUCUUGGUGUAUGGGUCUCUUGCCGGUCACAAUUUUAGCGGUUCUGAUUUCUCAAUUUCUCAUGAAAACCAGACAGGGCUGGGUUUUUCUCUGCCCUCUGCAUCAAAUGUUUCAACCACUUCUGACCUUGGUAACUCUUCCAUGGAAGCUGCAGAGCCUCAAAAGCCAGAGGAAGACAACCUGGAUAUAACCAGAAAGGAGCCUGAAGUUUCAACUUCUACAAACAGUAGCCUGCAGAACUCCCAUAAGGUUUCGGAAACUGCCAAUGUACUGAAAAAGUUGAGCAAUUUGGAGAGGGUUGAAGCCGGUCUCUCACGAGUUAGAGCUGCAAUUAGAGAAGCCAAAACCGGGAAUCAAAUGUUUGAGGAACCUGACUAUGUUCCUAGUGGUCCGAUCUACAGGAAUCCCAGGACAUUUCACAGAACAUUUUGUGUUUUUGGUAAUGAUUCCAGGAGCUAUUUGGAGAUGGAAAAACGGUUCAGAAUAUUCAUUUAUGAAGAAGGUGAGCCGCCGGUGUUUCAUUACAGCUCCAGUCUGGGAAUUCUGGGGAUUGAAGGAAUCCUCAUUCAUCAGCUUGAGAUCAGCAAAUUUAUCACCAAAGAUCCAGAAAAAGCUCACGUCUUUUUCCUCCCAUUCAGUGUGUAUUCAAUUGUUCACAACGUCUUUGUGCGCGAAUCUCAUCUAUGGCGGCCAAUGCAAAACACGGCUCUCGACUACGUAGAUGGAAUCUCUAGAAAACAUCCUUAUUGGAACCGAAGCCUCGGAUAUGACCAUUUCAUGCUCGCCUGUCAUGAUUGGGCUCCGACAAUUUCCUAUGCCAUUCCAAAGCUGUUCAAGAACUCGAUAAGGGUGUUGUGUAACGCGAAUACAUCGGAAGGAUUCAAGCCUUCCAAAGACGUGUCGUUGCCGGAAAUCUAUCUUCCACAAGGAAACAUGGACGGCCUGAUCGGAGGGCCGUCGCCGUCGAAGCGCUCCGUGCUGGUGUUUUACGCCGGAGGAAUCCACGGCUACAUCAGACAAGUGCUGAUGGAGACCUGGGAAAACAAGGAUCCAGAAGUGGAGAUCCACGAGUAUCUCCCCAAGAAAGUGUCGUAUUAUGGGAUGAUCCGAAAGAGCAAGUACUGCAUCUGUCCCAGCGGGUACGAGGUUGCUAGUCCGAGGAUGGUGGAGGCGCUGUAUAUGGGAUGUGUUCCUGUGCUGAUAAAAGACCAUUACGCGAAGCCGUUCGCGGAUGUCUUGAAUUGGGACACGUUUGCGGUGGAUAUUCCGGUGAAGGAGAUUCCGAAUCUGAAGAAGAUUCUGUUGAGUAUACCUCAGAGGAAAUAUAUAAGGAUGCAGAGGAGGGGCAUUCAAGUUAGGAAGCAUUUUGAAGUGAACUUUCCCCCGAAACGGUACGAUGUUUUUCACAUGAUUCUUCAUUCCAUCUGGCUCAGAAGACUCAACAUUCAAGUUCAUGACACACAAGGACCAUCAUGAUGAUCUGCAUUUCUUGUUACAUUGUAUACAUUCUUAGGGAAAAAUGAUCAAUGUCUUAAUGUUAUUUAUCCAUUCCAUUUUAUUAAA